UCUAAACAGGAUAACUCAGCUGGUUUUCCCCAGCUAUAUAAAUUCAGGUCCAAAGGAAAAGGAUCAGUCUCAGCCUGGGAUAUAAGAAGAGACAACAGCAGUGGAAGGAACGCAGGUGUUCCCAAGAGCUUUAACAGCUCAUCAUGGGCACUAGGAAGCUAUUGCUCCUGGUGCUAUUGACCAGCAGUUACACCAUUGCCCGUAAGUAAAAAAUAUCAUCCUAUUUAGUUGGAUAAUACAAACGAUACUUUUGAAUUUUAGAAUCUGUAUCAAGCUUGUGCGAGUUAUUAGAAUCACACAAAAACACAGAGUUGGAAAAUAUUGUAGACAAUAUCAUUGGAAAAUGAAUUCCAUUGUUUUCUAUAUUGAAGUAUUUUUCUGGAAAAAUUAGAUUUUAGUUGUUUUUUCUAUUUUAUUUUCAUGAAUAAAUAAAAAUCUUUACUAUAAAAAUUCAAUAAAUGCACAUUGAGGUGACCAAAGUAUAUAUUAAAAUGUUUAAGCUAUAAAUGUGAUCUUUGAAGAUAAAUAUGUCACAUUUUUUACUGUUGCCCUAAAAUCAAAACAGAAAAAAACACACAAAUAUAAGAGACUAUAAAUAACUUAUAUGUGAUGGAAUGUGCCAGAGAGGAAACUAAGAUCCAAAAUUACUACUCAGAAAGUUAAUAUUUAGAUUGUAUUGUUUGAUGGUAAAUGGACUGUGGUCCUGUCUAUUAAAUCUUUGACCCCAUACGUAGUGAAUUUUUGCAUAAUUGUACAAUAUCCAAUAAUAAAUGUAUUUAGUUUAUAUCUAAACCUUUAAUUGUGACACAAUGCUACUGACAUAGCAAGUUCUGUUUAUUAUUCAUUAUGUAUUAGUCUGCGUGUGUCAGAUGUGAAUGUUUUGGUUAGUUAGCCAUUAAGGACGAAACCUGUUAUGUUAUGUAAAUAAUGUUUUUAACUUAAAGGUUAAUAAACUUUAACUUAAAAUGUACCCAUGUUCAUAUUUUAAACAUAAACAGUAUUAGAAAUAUAAUUUACAAACAAAGACUUCGGUGGCAUGAAGUAUCCUAAUCCCCCCGCCCCCCUUGCCCUUCAAAAAAAGUCAGUUGAGAAAAAACUAAAGCGACAAAUUUUCAAGGUUGCUUAAAUGUAAUUUAAUUCAACAUUCUAAAAGCUAUUUUUUUAAUGUAUAUUGAGAGAUAUACUUACUUUAGCACAAUAAAGUGUUUUUAUUAUUAUUAUUAUUAUUUUAUUAUUCAUAUAGCGCCAACAAAUUCCGUAGCACUGUACAAUGGGUGGACUAACAGACACAUAAUUGAGAUCAGACCACUGACGUACAGGAACAGAGGGGGUUAAGGACCCUGCUCGAUUUUUAGUAGCAUAACCAAUGGCUCAGACAUUUUCAUAUGGACUAUGAGUCUACGGCACUUAUUGUGAAAUAACGAAAUUAAAUGACUAACAAUAACAGACGUCAUUUCAUGUAUCAGUAUUCAUUUUAAAAAGCAGAAAUUAGAGUUGGCUUUCCAUUUCCAUUUUCUCUAUUGAUAGGAACCAAAAAAUGUUUCAUGUAUAAUUGUUAAUUAAAGCACCAGUACCUGACUAUCUUAAUAUGGAGUUAAAGAGAAAAUGUUAAUUUAUUGAAAGCGUACCUAUGUACAAAUAUGUGAAAUUUAGUUUUUUUCCUUUAUUUGCAGAAGAAGAUGGGCCAGAUAACCAGAAUCCAAGCUGUUUAAGUAAGAAUACUGUCGUAUUUCUCUCUGAUUUUACAAAAAUUUUACAAUUGUGAAUUGGAUAAAAAAUAUACCAUCUAAAUUAUUUUUUUAAUGGGCUUAUUUACUAAUAACAGUGAAUUACCUUCAUUGAGCAUAUUUACAUCUUCUUAGCAUUACAUGUUUAGUAAUUUAUAAGCACAUCUCUAAACAAAUUACAUGGAUUGGGUCAAUAGUAUGACCCAUUUUCUACUUUUUAAUCCCUACAUUUUCUUAUAACUAACUUAUAACUAGCUGUUUAACCCCUUUAGCUCUGAUGAUCUAUCAUGACAGCCAAAAUAAUAAGGCGUUUAAAUAAUCAUGUUCUACAACGGGUUAAAAUACUGCUUCAUAUUUGCAGAUACAGGGAUUUAUUCAUUAAACAGCAACGCGUUGUGAUUUAAAAAACAAAUUGUUAAAUUAGCCUAAAAUAGGCUGUAACUAUUGAUGAGUUGGACAAACUUUUUCAGUGUGAUUUUUAAUACACUGCAAUUUACUGGUUAGUGAAUAAAAUAUACACUGCUAUGAAUAGUUUAAUAUUGAAACAUUCAGCACAGACAAAUAAGAUCAGGUGUUUUUCCAAUUGUGAUUUUUUUUUUUUUCCUGGCGUGACCUAUGUUACUUGUCUGCUGGUCAACAUAUACAGAGCUGACUUCAUACCAGCCAUAUCAGUGUGGAUAAUAAUUUAUUACUGAUAAUCUCUGCUGAGAUCAUGCAAUGUGUACUGUGUAUUUAACCUUUGUAUUGAAGGCUGGAGUGCAUCCUGUUCACUGGAAUUGACACAUGAUGUUCUCUUUAGAAAAGGGGUGGGAAAAGUAGUAUGGUAUAAACUGUUUUUUAUAUCACCCGUUGAACAUGUUUUCUAUUGUGGGUUUAUACUGCCCUCUACAGUUAUUCUAAUAUAUUGCUACACAGUCUACAAACAUACAAAAUACUUGACAAUGAUGUAUUGCUAAUAUAGAGACUCAGGUCCUCUAGCCAUUGUGUUCUUUGGACUUUUUCCACUCUAUAAACAUAUUACACAAUAGAUAACAUAGCUGUUUUAUUAGGCUGACACGUUGUCCAAUAUUCACAACCUUUAAACCAGGUAAUACUGCACAUAUUUCUGUAUUUAUUGACCUGUUUUAUUCUUCAUAAUCUCAUUGAAACUUGUCAUAAAUAUAUUUACUUGCUACUUUCCAAAAUCCAUGCAAGAUCAGGUAUAUAUGCAUAUAUAUAUAUAUAUAUAUAUAUAUAUAUAUAUAUGUGGACAUAAUACCAUGCUUUAUUAAGCAAAUUUCAGUACUUAGAAAUCAUAUCAUGUUCGACGUUUCAGCCCAUCCGGACUUUUAUCAAGACUCGGUGGUCUGAAAUGUCGACAUGAUAUGAUUUGUUAACACUGAAAUUUGUUUAAUAAAACAUGGUAUUAUAUCCACAAAACAAGAUUGCUGGAGAUUGCACCGAGGCAAACACAAGACCGGGAGCAGUGAGUGCGGAGCCCAAGGCAUUUUAUAUAUAUAUAGCUGUCUGAAAUUUUUAUCAGGAGUUACUGAAACUUGCAUGUUUUGUAAGUGCCCCUAAAAAUAUCAGUGGUAAGAUGAUUCUAUUACAGACACAUAGAAUUUAUAGAUCACAUUUACAACCCAAAUAAUUUAAAUUAAUAUUAAUCUGUAUCACUAAUAUCAGAAAUGUCUACCCUUAAUGGCUACACCAACUGCUCUCCCAAACAUGUCACAUGUCCUGUAUGUCGCUCCCUAGGAACAAUUAUUAUUAUUAUGAUAUUUAUAGACCGCCAUCAAAUUCCGCAGCGCUUUACAAUGGGUAGACGAACAGACAUGUAGUUAUAACCAGACAAGUUGGACACACAGGAACAGAGGGGUUGAGGGCCCUGCUCAAUAAACUUCCAUGCUAGAGGGAGUGGGGUAAAAUCACACAAAAAGGUAAGGAUAGUAUUAAACUAAUGACAGUUGCAGAAGAGGAAUCACUCAGGAGCUAUUAACAGUUUAAUUGAUACGCUUUUAUGAAGAAGUGGGUUUUUAACGAUUUUUUGAAGUAGUGGAGACUGGGUGAGCAUCUAACGGAGGAGGGAAGCGAGUUCCACAGGAACGGUGCAGCCCUCGAGAAAUCUUGAAGGCGAGCAUCAGAGGUGGGAGUACGGACAGAAGAUAGACAUAAGUCUUCAGCGGAUCGUAAAGGCCUAGACGGGACAUACUUGUGUAUAAGGGAGGAUAGAUAGGUGGGAGCAGCAUUAUGUAGAGAUUUGAAUGCAAGAACCAGAAUUUUAACUUGAGCUCUAUAUUUUAUAGGAAGCCAAUGUAGGGAUUGACAGAAGGGUAAGGCAGGGAGGUGCGGGCGGACAGGAAGAUGAACUUUGCAGCCACAUUCAUUAUGGACUGUAACGGCGCUAGUUGGGAGCACGUAAGACCACUGAGAAGUGGAUUACAGUAGUCAAGGCGAGAAAGGACAGUGGAAUGGACCAACACCUUAGUCGCAUCUGGCGUUAAGUAGGGGCGGAUGUGCGCAAUGUUUUUUAGAUGGAAAUGACAGGAUUUGGCGAUAGAUUGAACAUGAGGCUUGAAGGAGAGGUCGGAGUCAAAGAGAACACCUAGGCAGCGAGCCUGCAUGGUGAAGCUGAUGGUAGCACCGUUGACUUGGAGGGAGACAGACACAGGAGUAACAACACUUGAGGGAGGAAAGACCAGAAUUUCAGUUUUGGUCAAGUUUAGUUUAAGGAAGUGGGCAGCCAUCCAGUUAGUAACAGCAGAGAGGCAGUCAGAGACACUAGUCAAGAGGGACAGGGAGAGAUCAGGAGAGGACAGGUAGAUUUGUGUGUCAUCUGCAUAGAAAUGAUAUUGGAAGCCAAAGGAGCUAAUGAGUUUACCAAGGGAGGCUAGAAGCACAUAUGUCUUUUACAAUCUUCAUAGCCAUUGUUCUGCUGUAUUAUUCUUUUAUAUGACGAUGGCCAAAGAGGGAGAAAUAAAGUCUGAGUUGUACUUCUGGAGGCCAAGAUAUAAUGGUAUGUCUGUUAGACCACUAGGCAUAGUUUUGCAUAUGGGAGGUGUAGGACUUUUUGGACCCUGGUCUAAGUAAACAUUAAAGCUGUAGAAUAUGCGAUGCUGAAUCGUACACAAUUCAUUAAUGAUAUGCAGCAGAGCAUAUAGGAAUCGUCAAUUCAGCUCAAUAUAGUGAACAUGAUGAGAUGGAUUAACUGAAGGCCUCCAGUUUCCUUCUAGAACAUACUCUUGUGUCAGAUUGUAAGGCUUAUAUAGUAAAUGAAUUUGUAACUACACAAAUGACAUCAACAUGUAACACCUUAUAAUAUUUUCAUUAUAUAUAUGUAUUUGUACAUUUUAGAAGAUGGAACAAAAUUCAGGCACCUUAGGAAAUAUGUAUAUAGUUAUGAAGCUGGAACAUCUACUGGAGUGACUGGCACAGCUGACUCACAGAGCGGUUCCAAAUUCAACUGCAAGGUAAAAGUCUGAAGAAAACUAAUCGAUACAAAAAUAAAACCAAAAAUUUAAUCUCAACUGUAAACUUAUUGGGCACGUCUUGUCAUACAUUUUUUAUUUAAAUAACAGGUAGAAUUGGAGGUUCCUCAGGCAUGCAACUUCAUUCUUCGUAUCAAACAAUGCACUCUGCGAGAAGUGUACGGAGUCAGUUCCGAGGGCAAAGUACUGAUGAAGAAGUCCAAGAAUUUAGAAGACUUCUCUAAUGUUAUGUCUAAGUAAGUAAUGCCAAUAUUUGGUAAUAGAGUACAAGGCAGUAGCAUAAUAUCACUAUGGAAGCUGAGACAAACCACCCGUUCAAAGCCAUUGAGUUCAAGCAUGAUAGGAUUCAUUCAGAGCUGAAAUAAUAUGCCUGUUAUUGAUUUUGUUACAUAAUUGGGCCAGUUUCCCAUUGUACAAUAUUUCAGCAGAGUGAGAGGUCAGAGUAGGUUCCUCUCUAUUAUGAUGAUUAAUUAGGGCUAUUGGAGAAACGUUCCAGGGCUCCAAAGUAGAUGAUAGGAUGUGGAUGAAGAGUUUCUCAGAAGCACAGACUAGGUGUUACAUAUAAGGGUGUAAAAAUGAAGACUUCCACAUUCCUCUUUGCUAUUUUACUUAGUGUUUUCUCUUUCUGUAUGUGUUGUCUAUGUUUUUAUAUUUACAUAAUUCUGUGUUAAUAAUAGGAAUGAAUUGAAAUUCAGUGUCCUCGAUGGUAAACGGGUAGUUUUAUAUCCACAAGCAGAUGAACCUCUCAAUGCCCUGAAUAUCAAGAGGGGUAUUAUUUCGUCACUCCUUGCUCCUGAUGAGACACAGCAAACCUAUGACAUGGUAAGCUAUAUACAUUAUCUAUCCUAGUAUUAAACAGUUAGCUAUAGACAUAAUGUAUCCUAGAAAUAACAGUAAACUAUGGGCAUAAUGUAUCCUAGUAUUAGACAGUAAGCUAUGGACAUAAAAUGUCCUAGUAUUGAACAAUAAGCUAUAGACAUAGUGUAUCCUAGUAUUAAACAGUAAGCUAUAGACAUAGAGUAUCCAAGUAUUAAACAGUAAGCUAUAGACAUAAUAUAUCUGAGUUUAAAUGGUAAGCUCUUAAAGUGUCAAAAUAUUUAAUAAAUUCAAUCAAAAAAUCAAGAAGAAAUAUAUAUUCUCUCUUCAUUAAAUUUUGUGCAAUGAGGAAUAUACAAUAUAACUGUUAUCUAUUUCUACUAGUAUGUACCAAAUAUGUAAAGAAUUGACUAUAGACAAACUAAGCUUUUCACAAACUUACAUUAAAUGCAUGUAUAUUGUAGUAUAAUUAUUUUCCUUUGUUUUGAUUUGAAAUCAUGGCAGUGCAGUGGAAAAUGUAAACUUUAUCUUUAUUGCUUUUAGGAUACUGUGUAUGGAAACUGUGCCAGUCAGAUUACAGUCAACAGUGCAAAGUCAUCAUUAGCAACAGACUUUACAGUGGACAGAAAUUUGAAGAACUGUGAUCAGUUCAACCCCUCCAGGGAUUAUGUCAGUCCUAUUGCACUCUUUAAAGGCAUGGUAAGUAAAAUUGGCCAUACUUUCUGUCUAAAACCGCAAUUAUUUGAUGUCUUUCCUCCCUCUCUCUAGCUUGUCUAGGGAUAGGCAACCUUCCGCAUUCCAGACAUAGUGGCCUACAUCUCCAAUAAUGCUCUUACAGCAAUAAUGCUCUUACAGCCAUAAUGCUGGCAAAUCACCGGGGGAGGUUUAGUUCACAACAUCUGGAAUUUCUAAGAUUGCCUACACCGAGCUAGUCAACAGCCUGCAAAGCAUUAUGGGUAUCAUAGUUUUGCAACUUUAAGAGCUGCCAGUUGGCUACCUCUUCCUUGGAUGCCUUUUCCAAGUUUCUCAAAACUAAUAUGUCUAAAGUACUCAUUCAAUAAUUUUUUUUUUACAGAAUGCUCCAUUGUCCACCCUGAUCAAAAGCAGCCAGUCUUGUCAGUACUCUGUAGAUCAGAAACGAAAGCUUAUCACCUCAGUGUCCUGUGCUGAAAGCCAUGUUUUCCUUCCCUUCUCACACAAGUAAGUUGUGAAAGCAUAAUACUGGAAUCUGUCUGAAUAAACAGCCAUGAUGAGAGACAUAACGUGUAAAAAAGAAACUCUAGUUGAAGCGGAUCUGUCAUGGCCGCUCACGUUUUUUUGAGAGAUGUCUCCUUACCCUUGACUAUCCUAGUGCCCCCAAUUAGUUUAACAUCCCUGUUUUCAUCAUUAUUUCUUCAUUGCUUUCAUUUCUUUAUGGUGCCAGAUCUCUUUCUUAUGCACCUCCAACUUCUUAAGACUUGUAAUGGACAUGAGUCCUAGUAUUCUUUUGCCCGUAUUCCUCCCCGCAGGCAAGUUCCCACACAUGCCCACAGGAGGCGCUCUGACAUUAUGACAGAUGAUCUUGAUGGGAAAAAAAUGUACUUGAGAAAGGAAUUGGAGCUUACUUAAGCUUCACCCUCUGACCAAGAUUUGUCAAGCAUAGGAAAAAUACAUAAGGCAAAGUAGUCCCUACUACACUGUCUCGUGUUUUUAAAUAGACAUAGUUCAGAAAUUAAGAGAAAUUGAAAGAUUGAAAUUGUGAAAGAGGGAGCAAAGAGGAAAGGAUUGGGGGAAGGUAAACGUAGGGGGAUGCUUUAAGCUGAAAAAAUAAAUGUCAGUUUACAAUAACAAUAUAGAUGGGUUUUCCUAUUUUAUGUAAUCAUUAGUAUUGAAAUGUUGUAGGAAAGUUCUAUAAUAAUGUUAUUGCUAUAAUUAGCAAUAAUUAAUUAAUUAAUUAAUUAAUUAAAAUAGCAAUUGUUUAUUUACAUCAUAAUACUUUUCUCGUUUUUUUUGUAAUAUAAUGUAAAUAGCUAGUACUUGACACAUGUAAAACUUAAAUACUUGAUUAUAAUGUACAUGUGAUAUUUAUAUCAGAGAUUGCAAUGUAAGAAGUUAAGUCUUAAAUUCAAGGCACACUCCGCACACCUAAAGCACUUUAACUUGUUGUCAUGCUUUAUGUGUGAAGAAUGUGUCUUUAGUUUAAGACUUAACUUGUCCUCUUUUUUUCAUUUUACAAAAAGUGUAUAUUUCAAUAGACAUUAACACUUUUAUAAAUUAACUUUGUUACACUACCCUGGCUGUCAAUCAGACAACCCAUCCUGUUACCUCCUGGUUGUUUAGCUCAGUGGAGUUAAGCUCAAGAGGUAGACAACCAACCAGACACCACCAAAGAAACAAAUUCAUAAACAUUUUUUCUAUUGGUCAUUUGAGCAAUAAUCUCCCUUUUCUUUUAUUCAGAGAUCAAUAUGGCAUGAUGGCAAAGGUCACACAGACACUAAGGCUGGAUGAAACACCACAAAAGACCAACAACAGAGAAUUUACAGCAGGUAACAUAAUAACAUUAAACCUAUUAAAAUGAAUUAAUAUGUUAGGAUGAAGAACUGUUAAUAAGCUUGAUCAUCUAUGCCUUAGCAUACUAAAUUAUCAAGAUAUAUUGCUUUAUUUAGUUUCUAAAAAUGCUUUAAAACGAUUGCUAUGUGGCUACUAUAUCUUAAUCAAUGUUAUGGGAUCUCUGGUUAAAAUAUCACAAUGAUGUUUAUAUACUGAAUAACAAAUCGCAGUUAACCAAAAUGUGAAAUAUUUAUGUUAAAAUAAAUGUAUUAUUGUAACUUGUACUACUGUCUAUACAGUUUAUAUGAUCUAUUUUGUUGUCUUGGAUCAAAAUUGGUCUAUAACUGAGUGAGUUAGAGGAAUGUUCCACAUUAGCUGUUUUAGCGUAACUUUUAAAAAUCCAGCUUCAGUUCACAUCCGUUUGGUGUUUAGUAAAUAAACCUCUGUGACAUCUGACAUUUUUCUGCUUAGUAACAUGUAUGACAUGUUUUUAUGUCUGACUGUCCGUUGAUCUGUCUAUCAAUGAAUCCGUUCGCACACGCAUAUGUACAUCUGUCCAUCCAUCUGAAACGUGAAACAUGAUCUUAAUUAUAGUUUUUAUAUAUAUGUAUACAUAUAGUUCCAUCUCUGGCAAAGGGACUUGCAUUGGAGGCUGAAAAUUACAAUGUUAAAACUGGGGAAGCUGUCUUGGAAAAUCUUGCACAAUUGCAGAAGUUGUCUACAACAGAACAGAAUCAACAGAGAGCUGGCCUUUUUUACAAACUUGUGACUUCCUUGAGGAGUUUGAACAAUGAAACCUUGGGUCCUCUUGUUCCAAAGAUGACUGAACUGUCAAGGUAACUUACAUGUUAUUUUUUUUAUUAUUAUACACAACAGUGCUAAUGUAGAAAAUAUAUUGUGGCAGAAAAUGGAGUUUGAUAUGCCGGCCAGAUAAUUAUUAUAAUAUCCUUAAGUUGCGGUUUAAAAAUAAAAUAAAAAUCUGGUUAACAUCCAUGCGCACAAUGCAGAAUUGAUUCUAAGUUUUACAUUGUAAAUCAGAGUUUCAAUUCCCAAAACUACCACUGGAUGUCAGUAUAACACCACAUGCAAGAAAACUAUUUUUAUCCUAUUAUAAUAUGCAACACUAUAUUUGUAGCUGCAAUCACAUAAAUGCCUAUCCAAUGUCUGUAGUAACAAACAUUUAAAUAAAUAAAAUAUUUUUUUUUCUAAAGCUCUCUUUUUCUGUGUCUGCAUUUUAGCCAAUAUAGCCCUCUAUAUACACCUUGACACAAAAUGCAUGAUUAAAAAACCUUCAUUAAAAAAUACACCAUACCAUGUUCAUGGCAGGUUAGUGUCUUUUGUGAUUUUGUGAUGUAGACUCACUCUCACAGCAGGUACUUUCACAUCAUAGUAACAGAUGCAUAAAGUCAAUCAAACAAAAUUACUUGCAAACUUUUUUUUUUAUCUGUGGUAAAAUGUUAGUGGUGUUUCUUUCGUAUGUGAAAACUAUGACUACUGACUCAUUUAUUAACCCCCUUCCAAAUGAAAUAUUUUAUCAAAGUUCAGUAGAAUAAUUAUAUUUCUCAUGGAACUCCUUAUUUUAACAUUAUAAUAUAUUGCAGUUGAAGUUGUGAUGAAUUAAACAGCAUCUUAAAACUGCCAUUGAUGUUACGUGUUGCUGUUUGUAAAAUAUAUUUUAUUCUAUAUUUUCUAAGUCUCUUGUUCUAAUUUCAGCCCGAUUACGCUACAAGCAUUGACUCAAUGCGGAACUCCAGAAUGCUUUGGAGCAAUUCUUCAAAUUCUAAGAAGUGGGGAUAUGUCACCAGUAUUAGUUGAUGCGGUUACAUACAGUCUUGGACUCCUACCUUCCCCGUGCACAAAACGAGUACGAGAACUUCUCAACAUGGCCCAAUAUCGUUCAAGCAGAGCUUCAUUUUAUGCUUUAAGUCAUGCUGUCAGCAAGUAUGUAUCAUUAAUUUAAAAGUUUUUUUAAUUCAGAUUCUUUAUAAGCUUCAUUCUCCCUCCUCUUUCUAGACCUCCUUCCCCCUUACGUCCUCAACAAGGAACCCAGUCUCUGAUUUAGCUUAGUCUAUUUGUUGUGUAGCUCCAUUAUUUUAAUUCAAGGUGUUUUCUAUUAACAAAAGGAAAUUGUAGAAGUAUAUUUAUGCAACAUCACAAAUAUAUGGAGUACUAAGUCACACGCUAAUUUAUUUUGCAACUCUAAGCAGAGCAAGAUCUGAUUGCCAGUGGCUUUUUGGUCAGUCUACUUAGCCAUUAAUCGUAUGCUUUUGCUAUGCAAGCUUCAAAAAAUGUUUUUUGCCAUAAAAUGUGAAUGUUUAAUUCAAUAAUUAUAUGUACACAAUUAAAUGUAGAGCUGCCAGACUCUAAUUGCGAAAUUAAGACACAUCCCUAAAAGUUAGUUCUUUGUUAAGAAUUUUAAAACUCUUCUCGGUAUAAGGCCAACAAGCUCUCUAAUGGACUCCCGUUACUAUUUAUUCUAUUUAUUAAGCAUGUGCUGUACCAAGAUGUCCUAAUCUAGAACUCUGUAUGGAGAGAGAACAUUAUCAUAAAAAACCCAACAACAUAUUAGCCAUUGUUCCUGUGAUAAAUGUUCUAUUCUGUAUGAUGUAGAAAAUCACUAUUUUAAUAGUAAGGACCUAAUUCUAAAAUUGUCUACUUUGAUGUUAUAGUUUCUAUGAAAACACAAACACAAUCACACCAGAACUACAGGAUGUUUCCAGUUUCAUGGCAUCGCUGAUAGAAAAUGAAUGCACAGGCGAUGAAGAUAAGACAUUCUUAAGUCUCAAGGUAUAAUCAUCAUUACACAUUAUGUGUGUACGAAUAACUCUUGAUGUCAAAAACAUUAGUUUAUAACUUCUUAAUUGUUGUUAAAUAAUACCAUGCCCAUUUUCUACUCAGGCAAUUGGAAUUAUGGGAACAGCUUUGGAAAAUGCAAAUACUCAAAUAAAGUCUUCUCUUCUGAAAUGUGUUCAGAGUCAGACAGCAAAACCUGACAUUCAAAAGGCUGCAAUCCAAGCACUUCGCAAAAUGACCAUUACAAGAGAGGUACGUUUCAACAUGAAAACAAAAACCUGAUCUUCUCAUCUAUACAGAGUAGGUAGCUGCCUACAGGCACUUAUCUGAUUGGGGUACCUGCUCUGUCAGUACAAAUGUGCAUUAUUAUCUCACUGCCCGCUGUUGGCACAGAAUAGUAGAUAUAAAGCAUGCUUUGAAAAAGGUGGGAUGUGGUGGGAGAUGAUGGGAUUUUCCAUAAUAUUGGCCACUUUUGUAGUGCUGUUUUAUUGCAGAAAGCAUCCCUAGGUCAUUUUUGCAGAUGGUCCAUGUUAUGUUAGCACUUGGCAAGUUUUCCCAAAAAUAAAAAAGUUUUAAUGACAUGUUGUAUUGGGGCACCCAGGUCUCUGAUAAUAUUUUUUUCCCAGGCACCUGAAUAGCACUUAAUGUAAUGCAUGCUGAUGCUAAAUUACAUAAUAUUCAUCUCUAGACAGAGAGCACACUAUGAGAGAGAGAGGGGAGGGGGGUCAAAAUUCAUAGUAGGGUCUGAGGAGUCAAUAACUUUUUUUUUAAUUAACCAAUAUCAUUGAUAUUACAUGCAAGAAAUGCUUUUAAAUUCGCUCCAUUUGCCACCUCUCAAAGUCAGGCUCUUUCGAUUUCAUUGUUCAUAACAUCAGUUAAUGUUUGAGCCUCUAGCGAUUGAAUUUCUGCACAGAUAUUCUCAUUGAGCUACUCAAGCAUGCGCAGUUUAUUCACAUACACGUGCUCCAUUAGAUAUCCCCACAGGAAGUAAUCAGAAGCUGAAAGUUUCGCACAAAUGUGGCGCCCAAUAAAUCUGGGAAUUUCUUAAAAUUAUCCGCUAGCCGAACAGUUGUCCUAGUUUUAAAAAUAAAAUUCCACUAUUCUUACUUUACGUUGUUCCUUUGUAAAAUUGCCCAUGAUGAAUCUCCCAAGACUCAGUUAUAAUAUACACCUGCAACCAAAAAAAAUGUAACUACUAACCAAUAAGUUGUUUACCUGUCAAAUCCUACUGUGAAUUUUGAAAAAACUGUACAUUGAUUUCAUAGAUGUCGACAUUUCAGCCACAGUUCUGGACUUUCCUCAGAAUGCCCAAAUGAUUUUUUUCUAAUCCAGACUAAGGAAGUAAAACUCUAAGCCAUAUCAGCAUAUCUCAUGGCUAAUUUUGAGAAUUAUGUCUCUCCACAUGUGUCCUUCUUGUAUGGAACUAUUACCAAUGCACACCAAUGUACAGCAUUGAUUUACAAAGACAGUAUCUUUUCUGAGCCUUCAGACCUGGUAGAGCUUCUAUAGAAUCUACUGUUAACAUUCAUAAUGCAAUUGAAUUUGUUUGGAAUUUAUUUGUAAAUGCUUGUGUUAUUUCAGGUUCAGUCAAUUCUUCUUCAAGUCUAUCUAGAUAAAGGUUCUACAGUGCAGAGGAGAUUGGCAGCCUAUCUCAUGCUCAUGAAAAACCCAUCCGUGUCAGAUCUAAAACAAAUCCUUGAUGGGAUGAAUGUUGAAGAAGAACAAGUGCGAAACUUUGUGGCUUCCCAUGUUGUUAACAUCUUGAACUCAGAGGCACCAGAAGUUCAAGAGUAAGCAGAGCGUAUUAUUAUUAUGUAUUAUUACCACUUGACAUAUAGAGAAAGUCCAUAAUGGUAAGGUAGUCAAAUUACUGGUGUGGGUGGGAGGAGAGAAUGAUGUCAGAAGUUCAAAAGAAAAAUAUCGGUGGAAAAGAAAAUAUUAUUAUUAUUAUUAUCAUCAUUUAUAUGGCGCCAACAGAUUCCGUAGCACUUUACAAUAUUACGAGAGGGGGGAUUUAACUAUAAAUAGGACAAUUAUAAGAGAACUUACAGGAACGAUAUGUUGAAGAGGGCCCUGCUCAAACGAGCUUACAGUCUAUAGGAGGUGAGGUGUAAUACAAUAGGACAGGAAAUAACAAUCAAUAUUGAAGUGAUGUGAGUUAUGAGACGGUGAUGGCUGGAGAGUUAUCAUCAAUAAUACAGUGGAAAAAACACUGAAUAAAAAAAAAAGUCGGUUACAGAGAUACUUAUAGAUGUUAUUAGUCACUUAAUCACUUAAUGGUCUCAAGUUAUUAUAAAAUUAACAUUAGAUUGUCCUAAAAUCAUACUUUAUCAUCCUAGCCCUAAUCUGAAAAUAAAUUAUGUCCCCUUGUGGCUGUGGGUCUCUGACUAGUCAAUAUCUCAUCAAAAAUGUAAAUGACCUAGGGCUCUGGUUAAUUUUGGGAUCUAAAGGAUUUACAUAAUUUUAUUUUUAAAUACACUACCGACAGAAUGAAGCUGAGAAAUCUGCUUAGCUUUCUUGUAACACAUGGUGGAGAUUUAUGGACCUCAGUGGUUUGUUGUCCUAUUGUUACAUUAUUUCCAUCUAUAAUUAACUACUUUGUGUAUGUUUUCUAAUGUCUAAACUGGUCACUAUGAAAAAAAUGCUGGACAUGGCGUGUUAUUCUUGGAAAUCAAUACAUAAACCUUAGUUGUUUUUUUUUACUUCCAAGUGCAUCUCAUUUUAUGAGAUAUUUCAGUUUUCAUGACAUUGGCAAUUGAUUAUUUGAUAAGUGUUGAAAUCUAGUUGUUUUAAAUUUACACCCAAUUUUAACUUUUAAGCAAACAAAACUCCCCACAUAAAUUUCUCUUUAAAUACCUUUGUCUGCAUUUGAUUAAAGUGUUCUUUGCUUUGCAAACUAAUAUUGAUAACAAUUUCAGAACUUAAUAGAACUGAGCUUAAGUCUAGAUGCUACAAAACAUCAUAGUAUACUAACAAAUACAUUUUGCUGUUUCUUAUACAGGCUUAAACGUAAAAUGGAAGAGGCUGUUCAGGAGCAUGGCAUACCCCCAGUUUUAAAUGACUUUACAAGACUCUCAGGCAACUAUCAGUUUUCAAAAAGCGUGCAAGUCCCAGGAACGGGUGCACCUAUGGGUGUCAAUGUAGGAGGAAACAUAAUUUUUGAUAAUGGUUACAUGCCUAAGGAAGCCAUGCUGGAGGCUACUCUAGGUGUUUUCGGGCAAUCUGUUGAUAUGUUUGAGGUAUGUAAUACCUAAUGAAACCCAAUUCCAAGUUCUAUUAAAACUAGAAUUUAUGUCGACAUAAUAAAAAUCUUAAAUGCAUGCAAUUUUAAGAAUGUAGAACAGGUGGACAUAUUAACAUACAUCAUCGAGUAUAGUGACCCCCAUAAAAUGUAUACAUUUUGAUUAUCAUUCCAGUAGGGUAGAGGUGGUGAGGUCUAACAAUGACAAGGAAAUGUAAAGUACCUUUGAUGUAAAACUUCAAACUUAAAGUUUAAGGUGUCAGUUGAGGUGAGUUGACAAUGGACUUGCAAAAUAGUCACAUUCAAAAAAUAUCACUGAUUCAGCAGAAUUGAAAAUUAUUUAAAUUUUUAUUUUGUUCUAUAUUUACAAGGUGGUGAUUUACUAUUUAGCAAAUAAACCUAUAAAAAUAAUUUCAGCAUUUACACAAAUUUCAAAGUCAGCUGACCAAAACUUAAAUUGCAAUGUUGGCUUUAGGGCACAUUUGUGGGCAGAGAUUGUGAUGGAUGAAAAUUCAUGAUAAUUCCUGCUAAUAUCAAUAUAUUAAAUAGGAAACAAUUCAGCAGUUUCUUAGAAUGAUGAUCAAUACAUUAUUCACCUUUCUGAAGCUCAAAUAGUGAUUGUUAAGAACUAUUGUUAAAUAAUUAAAGAAACAAUGCAAAUAUCCUCCAAAUACUUUUUUUGACAAAUGAUUAUGAUUUUAAACAAAACUCAAUUAAAAAAAAUUCUACUUGGUUUUAGUAAUAAGUGCUGUUUUUUUUUUGCAAAUGAUGAGUAGAAAACUAUUUUGUUUAGUGGUAGAAAAAGGUCAACCUAUUGUAUGAAAAGGGUAAAUGCUUUUGCACAAGGAGUUUAAAGGAUCACUAUAGGGUCAGGAACACAAACAUGUAUUCCUGACCCUAUAGUGAAAACCCACCAUUUAGGUGGCUUGACUCCCCCUUUAGCCCCCUCAGAAUGAGUUAAAACUCACCCUUUUAUCAGCUCUCCACGGGUCUGCCGUUGUUGACCCCGCCCCCUUGGUGACAUCAUCAAAAGUGCAGAUUUUUAGCCAAUGGCUAAAAUCGGCAAGGGACAGGGCCAGAUACUGUUUUGGCCAAUCAGCACCUCCUCGUAGAAAUGCAUUGAAUCAAUGCAUCUCUAUGAGGAAAAUUCAGCAUCUCCAUGCAGAGCAUGGGGACACUGAACGGCAGGGCUGCCAACUGUGCAGCACUGAGCCAGGAAGCCACUCAUCUAAGGCGUGGCCCCUUGGAGGUGCCCUUAAGGGCAAUGUGAACACUGCCUUUUCUCUGAAAAAGCAGUGUUUAUAUGAAAAUGCCUGAAGGGAGCUAUUAUACUCACCAGAACAACUACAUUAAGCUGUAGUUGUUCUGGUGACUAUAGUGUCCCUUUAAUUACUGUAUGUUACAUGAGCAAAAACAUUUACCCUUUUCUUACAAUUAGUUAAUAUUAUUCAUUCACUUAACAAAAUAUAUCCAUACACUGUAGGUACCCCACGCAUUUCUACACACUGUAUUAAAGGAAAGUUUGGUAUUCGAACAUCCCUGAAUAUGUGACUAGAUAAUUUUGUAUCAGCUGUUAAUGAAUGUUUUGUAGUUUUGCCUUCUCCAAACAUGUUGAAUGAACAAUAUGGUAUAUUGCAAAUAUUCAAGUUGUACUUUUCCUAAUUUCAAAUUAAGCAAUAUCUUGCACAGUAUAUAAGUUAUUCCAUUUCUCAUAAAUCUUCACUGCCCAUUUAAUAUUGGCCUACAAGUAUUUCAAAUAAUUCCAUUACUUUCAUCUUUCAAUAUAGGUUGGUAUUGAUGGUAAAGGAUUUGAACCAACUCUUGAUGCCUUGUUUGGCAAGAAAGGAUUUUUCCCUGAUUCUGCCUUGAGGGCACUUUACUGGAUAGAUGGAAAAAUCCCUGCUAAAGUAACUGAUAUGUUGUAUGCUUGGUUUGAUGUUCCCAGAGACAGCAAGCAAAGCCAGGUAAAGAUGCCAACAAUUUUAAGCUAUACUAUAACAAAAACAUACUAUGCUGUAUACAACCUAUGGAAUUGGUGCCACAUGAUAAAAAAAAAAAAAUUAAUAACUUCUAUUCCAAUAAUACGAAUCCCAUCUUAGUGUUGCAUGCAACUUUUUCUUUCCCCUAUUAGUAUAUUUCAAAAAUAUGCUUUAAAAAAACAACUUAAGCACGUGACAGUUUCUGCAACCUCGAUUCGCAAUUGGCCCACUUUAAAGAAAACCAGAAUUACGAUUAUGUGUAAAAUUUGAAUUUUUAAUAGAUAUGUUUUUUUUUUGUUUUUUGUUUUUGUUACAGGACUUCACAAAAGCUGUGCUACUCAAUUUUGAAAAACUGGUGAAUGAAAUUAAAUCUAGCGAGAUGCCUGAAGCUAAAGCAUAUCUGGAAAUCCUUGGUAAAGAACUGGGUUAUAUGAAGUUGGGUGACUUUAAAAUCCUUGGGAACAUGCUGUUGAAGAGUAUACAUGCAUCACAGGAGUUGCCUGGACAGGUAUUGUAUAUAUGGCUAUACGGGUAUAGAACAUCUAGGAAUAUAUAGGCAGAAAAUGAAAGUCAAGAUAUUGUCACUUACUGACGUGAAUUUAAAGUGAAUUUAACAUUUAAUGCCAAAAUAGGUGAAAUGGAGAAAUUUUCCAAGUCAGCUUCAAGUUUGACUGUUUUGGCAUUACAUUUGAAAUUCACAAGAAUUCUCACUUUAGUAGAUAACUCUUUCUGUAAAUAUCUUUCCUGGUUAUUGCGUUCUAAGCAUGUGAAUAUCAUUGGGCAAUAAAUUGACUUAUUGACAUUUAUCGUUUAUGGUUUUAUCUAUGACCAUUAUAAUAACAUAAAGCGUUGUAGAAUAUAAGUGCAUAUAAGACCUGCAAAUCAGAGGUUUACUUAACUGGUACAUGGGCAAUACCGUUUCUUGCUACACAACCGCAUUCACAUGUAUCACCAAAAUACACAACAAUUAUUAGAGAAAGAAAAUGGUUUCCUUUGGUCUUAACAGCAAAUUAUCAGUGGGACAAUAUAAAAAUAGAAGAUAAUGUUGCUGUAUAAGACAGCAGACCUGGAUUUUUCUUCUACCAUAUAAUCAGGAAUAAUGAUGCUUUCGAUCGAUGUAUGCAUUCAUAUAAUAAUAAAUCUAGUAGAAUUCAGCAAUUCAAUAAACAUUGUUUCUCCGUUUAAUUCUAGAUUCUAAGAGCAAUGUCAAAAGGUGCAGAAACAGAUCUCUUCCUACACUACAUUUUCAUGGACAAUGAGUUCGACCUACCUACAGGGUCAGGCCUUCAACUCAAAGUAUCUUUAGCUGGCAUAAUUGCUCCUGGUGCAAAGGCUGGAAUGAAGUUUGGCACAAAGAAUGUAAGUACUAUAACAUACUACUGUGUUUAUAACUGAUGAUAACCGAUAGUAGAAUGAUGAAUUAUCUUUCUUUCUUUCUUUCUUUCUUUCUUUCUUUCUUUUCUCUUUCCUUCUUUCUUUCUUCCUUCCCAGUUUCACCUAUCCCACUUGAUUGUAAUUUCUACUGCAUUUAACAAUGAUAUAUUACUACUAAUUAUCUUUUUUUUAAAAACGCUGGAUAAUGUCAUUAGAAUAGAAAUAGAAAAUAAAUAUUCUAUCAUUCAAUUUUUUUAUUUCUAUUCAGGUAAAAGCAGAACUAUCCUUCAAUCCAGCCGUUGCUGUGGAAUUUGUUACCCAAUUAGGAGUUCAGAUGCCCGACUUUACUAGACAUGCGGUACAAAUGAAUUCCAACCUUUACCACGAAUCUGGGUUCAAUGCUCGAUUUUCUGUGAAAGAAGGUCAAAUCAAGUUUUCCAUCCCAGCACCUAAAGAGCCAACAAAGAUCUUCAGCUUCAAGUAUGAAAAAAAUAUGUUUCAUUGAGCACUUAUUGAAUACAGAAUAAGAAUGGCAGGCAGGAAUUCUUCUUGGUCACAAUAAAAUAAUGUACAAAAUUUUUUCUUUCAUAGCAAUAAUCUUAACCUGGUUUUUCCAUCGAAGACAGAGGUCAUGACAUCCAUUACAGAAAACAGACAAGAACAGUCGUCGUGCAAGCCUUUGCUGUCGGGUCUAAAGUACUGUAUUAAUUCUGCAUAUUCUAAUGCCAGUACAACAGAUGCAGCUCCCUACUUCCCUCUCACUGGACAGACCAGGUACAGUAGAUACGACUUCUAUGCAAGAUUAUGUGAGUGUUACAAUGUCGACAUUAAUACUAUAGCAUAUUAUAAAAUGAUACCAACUAAUUUAAAAUUUGCUUUUUAUUAUACAUAAAAAAUAAAACUAACCACUGAGUGAUUUUUGUUUUCUUUAAGAUUUGAGGUAGAAAUUCAGCCAACUGGAGAGGUUGACGAGUAUUCACUUACAGCCAACUAUCAGCUGAAGAGGGAGGAUCAAGACUUGGUCGAUAUUUUAUCAUUCUCAGCUCAAGCUGAAGGUAGAUAUUAUUGUGUGCUUGCUAAAAAUUGCUAUUUUUCAAAAUGUUUUGAUUAUUACUGCUCUAUAUGUGUUUUACUGUUUUCCCAUAACUGUGCCAUUUUUCAGGGGCAAAAUCCUGUGAAGCAUCAUUGACCAUGAGAUACAACCGCAACAAAGUCAUUUUCACAAGUGAUGUGCAAAUUCCAAAUUCCGAUAUCAACUUUGGAGUCAGCAUGAAAGCAGAUGAUAAUUCAAUAGGUUCAAGAAAAUCAUAUUCCGUUACUCUAGAUUUCCACAAUCAACAGAUUUCGGAAGCUACUCUAACUGGCCAGAUAAGGUAAUUAAAUCAUUCGGUAUGCAUCCUCUCUGACUAAGAGUGAUUACAUUUGUGCCAUAACAAAUGCAUUUAUGAUACAAUUUAGUAAUAUAGUGUUCUUACAUGGACUUAAUAAUUAGCACCUAAAAAAAGCAAAGUAGAAAACAGAAGCAAAAAAAUGCAUGCUAAAGCUAUGAAGAACUUUGCACACAAAAACAAGAGUUUAUUGCACACACCAAAAAAGGGGGAACACUUCCUGCAGGGUGCUCAAGAAAUGGAGGACCAAUCCCUGAAGACAUCAAAUGGAAGAAAAUAAAUAUUCAGGCACAUCUCAGGCUUCUUCUAAAAGGCAAUCAUUCUUAUUUGAAACAAGUGGAGACGACGUUUCUACUCCUCUCUGAGCCUUUAUCAAAUCUUAUCUUACUUGCUAAAGUGUAAAUUCAUAGUGAAUUUCAAAUUUAAGACCAAAGUAGCUAAAUUAGAAGCAUAGCUGAUUUUUUUCCAAUUUGCCUAUUUUAGCCCUAAAUUUUAAAUUCCCUUUGAAUAAACUUUGAAUUCUUGACAUGCCUCAACCCUGUUUGAAUUUCUAACAAUUCACAUUUUAAUGGAUAAUCCUGUAUAUGUUAAAAUAAAUCAGAUAACAGAUUCUAAAAAAUUGGUCUAAUUUUCAUAGGUAUGAUGGAGGGAGCGAAGCAGUAUUGGGUGGUGUGCUUUCAGUCCCACGUUUACAUACUGAAGCAAGAACAGAAGCCUCUCUUCAGAAAUUGCCAUAUUUGUUCAAAAUUCAGCUACAAUCUACAGCCAAUGUCUGUGCUUUUUCUGCAUCAGAGAAUAUAGGAUUUACCUAUGGUAGGUCAAUUUAAAAUCUUUGCAGAAUAUACAUAGAUUAGAUAGAUAGAUAUAGAUAUAGAUAGAUAGAUAGAUAGAUAGAUAGAUAUAGAUAGAUAGAUAUAUAGAUUUUAAUUAUUUCAUUUUUAUCUUCUCACAAUCACACUGUUUUUCCUGAUAAAUAACUGGAUUCAGAAUUACAUACUUUUAUUUCAACUUUUAUUUCACUUUUCUCCUUUUCUUUUUUUUUUUUAGCUAAUAACCUUUUUAAAUUAAUAUAUAUAUAUAUAUAUAUAUAUAUAUAUAUAUAUAUAUAUAUUAUUAUUUUUUUUUACUAAAUUCUAGCAUAUUUUGUUAGACAGGAAGUAAAUCGACCUCUGUGGAGAACAUGUUCAUGUGGAACGCUGAUAUCCCAUAGAAUGUAGAGUUUAAUAAAUCAUAUUAUUUGAAAGUGGAAACAUCUGAUUGGCAGCUGAAAUAAUUAAGCCACAGGGUCUUUUUUAGUCUCUAUCAUCGUAUGAUGUGUAUGAUAUAUGCACCGAUUUAGACAUUAUACCAUAGAUAAUAUUUUUAAAAUUACACAAUUGCAAGGACCAAAUAUGAGUGAUAUUUAAAUAUAAAUCUUGUUCACACAGUGAUUUGAUUUACUGAUAUACCAAAGUGAAGUCUAUAGGGUUUAUUUACUUAACUCUGAAUAGUAUGAAUUGACAAAAUGUUAUGCCUUGGCUAUGUUAGCCUUAAUUUUGACAUUCAGAUUUCAACUUGUUGCAAUUUAGAGUUUGGCAAAGAAAACCCUGAGGUGUCUUCAGUGGAAUUUACAUGUUCUAAAAUAUGAUUUUUGAUGUUUCAUUGAAAAUAUACAUUGCAUAUCUUUGUAUUACAGUUGUGCAUUAUUUUUUUUUUCUUUUAGAUGAUGAAAAGAUCGAACUAGAAUGGAGUACCACUUCAAAUUCUAAUUUGAAGAAACUGGCUUCAAAACUGCCAGAUAUAAAAUUUUCAGAUCUGACCAAUUAUCCAGAUUCCGUGAAGAACUAUGCCAAUGACGUCAUGGAUUACAAGGUGGCACAAACCGAUAUGACUCUCAGACACAUUAUGUCUCAAUCAGUAGUGGUAAGUCUCAUUUUGGACAAUAUUAAAACUCUCUGUGUUGAAUGAAACAAUCAGUAAUCCUUCAUAAAUAAAUGUAUGAUCUUUGUUUUAUGCGUUUUCUUUUCCUAACAUAUCCUGUUUGUUUUCAGGCUACCAACAACUGGUUUCGGAAAGCAUCAAAAGACAUGCCGUAUGCAACUAUAUUACGAGAUAAGUUAAGAGCUUUUAAAGAGCUAGAAUUUGGCCUUCCAGCGUUUCCAGAGGAGCUCUUUUUAAACAGGUAUGUUAAGCACAUUAUCCAUUUACAUCGUCAGCUAUUUAGAACAAUGUUACAAUUUUUAUUUGAUCAAUUAACAAUUGAAACAGUUCUAUCACAGGAUAUAUUUCACACAGAGCCUUUAUUUUCUUUUUUGUUAUAGUGAUGGAAAAAUUAAAUAUAUGAUAAACAAGGACAGUAUCACCAUUAAUGUCCCAUUACCCUAUGGUGGUAAAUCAAGCAGUCAGCUGAUGAAGACAAGGAGUUUAACAUUACCUUCAGUGAAUCUGCCAUCAGUGGGACUAAAAUUGCCUACCCAAGAGUUUUCGAUACCUGAUUUUACCAUUCCGGAGUUUUAUGAAAUGAAUGUCCCCUUAAUUGGAGUUUUGGAGCUGUCUUCUAACAUAAGAAGCAACUACUAUAACUGGUCUGCCUCGUAUACAGGUGGAAACACAUCAAGUGAGGCCAUUACCUUCAGUUCUAAGUAUGAAAUGAGAGCUGACUCAGUCUUGGACUUUUUGUCAUACACAAUUGAAGGUAUGUGACUACAUAUGCUUUAUAUUAAAAAUAACAUAAAGAUUCAAUGGAAAAUUUUUCAUAAAAAUUUCUAUUUCCUAUGAAAACAACUUAUCUCUUUUUUACUGAGUUUAAUAAUAUGUUUAAGGAUACAACUUAAGACGUUAAUAUAUACAGUACAUAGGAAUUUAGAAUUAAAACAUAUAACAAACUUGUUGCAACAAAAUAGACUACGUAAAAAAUAAGUAUGCAAUACCCUGUGUUGUUCUUAAACAGACAUUUUCUACAGAAAAUCAUUCUUCUUAAUACAAACCUAUCCUUCAAGCAGCUACCAAUAUAAAAAUUAGCAAUUCCAAGUCAAACCAAAUUCAUUUAUUGCCAAUAUUGCUUUAUACUUAAAAUAUUCUUAAACAUUCUCAAUAUUAUAACUUAAAGAAUCAUUUUGGCCAAUCAUUGCACAAUUAUCCCAGGUUCCAAAGCUCUAAGUUAAUCUGCAUUUGGGGCAAGUGUGCAGUUUAAUUUUAUUAUUUAUGAAUUGCCAGAAAACAGCUAUUAAGUAAGUUUUGUACAUUUUAUUUACAUCUGGUGAUUUUCACAUCUAUAAGGUAAAUUAUUAUCUUGUGCAGACCUUUAUAUAGACAUUUAUAUUUUUUUGAUGUGAAGUAUGUGAUUCCAUUUGAUAUUUUUCGAUACAUUUUUAAAAUUAUUUAAUAUUUUGAAAAUUUUUUUAUAUCUUAAUAUUUAGAUUUUUUUUAAUAUAUAUAUAUUGCUUUUUUCCCAUGCUAUACUUUUGAUAUUUUAAUAUUUUGAACAAAAUCAUUUUAAAAGUGUAUUCAAAAAUAUUACAUCAAGGCCAUGAUAUCCAAUUUUGUAAGAGUACUACACUAUACAAAAUGAGAAUAUUUAUGUGCUACAAUUUAUUCAUGACCCUAAACAUGAUUUAGAAAAAUAGGUACACUAUGUGAUUUUCUUUCUGUUAAAUUUUAUUUAUUAGUGUAACAACCAAUGUUGCCUUUAACAAAAAGUAAGGAUGUAUUUUUUUUAUUGCAUGUCCAAAUAGUAAUAACUACAUGUAUUUAUUUUCUGUUUCAUAUGUCUGCAGGUACUGCAAUAUCAUCAUAUGACCCUGAACAAAUGUUGCUGCUUUCAUAUGAUGGGUCUAUACAGCACAGUCUCCUUGAGUCAAACCUUAAAUUUAAAGAACUCUAUAACUUCAGAAGUAAUGAAUUAUUUAAAGGAUCCUACUCUUAUUAUGUCAGAAGCAUUCUAGGCAUAGAAUCAUCCUUGAAAUCAUCAAUGAAGUCAACUAUGAAUAAUAAGAUACUGACCACAGAAGGGGAUGCUGUUGGGAAACAUAACAUUGCAUCUUUGUUUCUCAAUACUGAUUACAUAAUAAUCACUACUUUUGACACGGCAAACAUGCAACUCAAAGUGGAUUCUGAUUUCAAGUUGGAGUCAUCUUGCUUGAAGCUCACAAAUAAAAUAGUUGGCCUGGUCCUCCGUGAAGCUCUAACUAUAACCUCAACUACUGAUAUGCAAGAUGGUGCCCUCUCAAACAUAAUGACAAUAGAAUUUAGAAACAAGCAGCUAUAUUUUAAAUCUGACACUAACGGAAAUUAUUACAACUUGGUCGCACUCAACAAAUUUGAAGCUACAUUUUCAAGUGAAAAGGCAGCAAUCCGCUCUGAAUACCAGGCAGAUUACAGACGACACCGCUUCUACACUUUACUGUCAGGAUCUCUGAAUUCCUUUGGUCUUGAAUUAAAUGCUGAUGUAACUCUAAAUAAUCUGGCAAAACGGGCUGCCCACAAAGCUACUCUGCAACUAAACAGAGAUGGCUUGUCCACCAGUUCAACAACAAAUGUAAAUUUCAACCCUUUCACGUUGGAGAAUCAGAUGGAUGCUGGAAUUGGACCGAGUGGAACACUGAUGAAGAUGACAACAAAUGGCAGAUACCGUGAACAUAACGCAAGAAUAAUGGUCGAAGGAAAGGCUGGCCUGACUGAGCUUUUCUUUGGUAGUCUUUAUGAAGCCAAUGUACUUGGUAUGAAUGGCAAGAACAACUUGAAUUUUAAAAUUAGCAAAGAAGGCCUGAAGUUCUCCAAUAACUUAGUGGGAUCGUAUGAGCAAAUGAAAAUAGAAAACAGCAAUGACCUUUCCAUUCAAGGAACCUCAUUACAAUUUACUUCAAAAUUUGAAGAUUCUUGGAGCUCCACCAAAUUCUACAAGCAAAGUUAUGAAUUGCAAAUGCAGCCAUAUGCUUUGACAACUUUACUAAAUAAUGAGUUCAAGUAUGAUGCUCUGGAAUUAACAAACAGAGGGCAGCUGCAAUUGGAGGGAUUUAAGGUGAAUCUCAAUGGGGAUUUGCGAGGAGCCCUCAGCAAAGAUGAGAUUAAACACUCCUAUACUAUUUUAGUAAAUGGCCUGUCCACAAAACUGAACACAGACACCAUUGCAAAUAUCCAAGGAACAGCUCAUACUCACCAAACCAUUAUGGAGAUUGCUGGUCUCUCUGCAACAUUUAGCAGCAACUCAAACUGUGAGACAAAGUCCACCCGUCUAACUAACAAGAUUAACUUUGGCGUGAAGCCAUUUAGCUUAACAUUGGAUUCUCAGACCAAUGGAGAUGGUAGAGUACAAGCCUUUGGGGAACAUACUGGCCAGCUGUAUAGUAAAUUGCUCUUAAAUGCAGAAGUUCUCUCAUUUAACUUUGCUCAUGAUUUCAGGGGAUCGACUAGGCAUUUACUUGAAACAGGAAAAAAACAUGAAACCUUGCUUGAUUAUCAAGUGAAUGUAUUAUUUACUCCCUCGGAACAACUAAGCUCAUGGAAACUAAAGAGUCACCUUGACAAAAACACAGUCACUCAAGGUUUCAAAGCAUAUAACAAUCUUGAUGGUAUUGGUAUUGAAAUGAAUGGGAAUACGUUUGCAGAUCUCUCCAUACUGGAUCGACAGAUACAGUUGCCAUUUGCUAUUUUUAAUCCUAUUGAUGUUCUAAAUUUAAGAGACACAGUCAGUGAUCCUCAAGAAUUUGGUAUUUCUGGCUAUGUGAAGUAUGAUAAAAAUAAAGAAAUGCAUGUCAUCAACCUGCCAUUUAUUGAAAACAUUUCAAGCUAUUUUGAAGGACUUAGAAAUGUAUUACUAACAACUCUGCAGGCUUUACAGAACUCCCUGAAAGAAAUAAAUAUUGACCAGCAUAUCAGAACAUACAAAGCUACUUUAAGCAAAAUUCCUCAAAAACUAAAUGACUAUGUUAAUAGCUUUGACUUAGAUGGAAAGGUUAAAGAGGCAAAAGAAAAAAUACUUUUGAUAACACAAGAAUAUAAAAUCACAGCUGAGGAGCUUCAAACUGCAGUUGAAAAUUAUUUUAUGUCAUUGUACUACAAUUUACAAAGCUACUUACAGGAAAUUGAAAAAAUGAUUCGAGAAAACUAUGACCUCAACAAAUUCAAUGAAGCUGUUCAAAAGUUGAUUCAGAAAUUUUUUGAAAGUCUCAAAUCAUUAGACCAGGAAUACAGAAUUCGUGAGAAGAUAGUUGGAAUGAUACAGGACCUUCGAAGAAGCAUUGAGGAGAUUGAUAUCAAAGACUUAGCUCAAAGUCUCCAAUCGUGGAUUCAGAAUAUUGAUGACAUGUAUCAAAUCAAAGUUAACAUUCAGAAAGUACUACAACAAAUCCAGACUCAGGUUCACAGAAUUGAUUUAGAACAAAUGGCAGCCAACGUGAAACAGUCAUUGCAAUCUCUUGACUUAAGGCAAUAUGCAGCAGAAAUCAGAAAAGCAUUUCCCAUUGAAAAUGUCAGAUAUGUAAUUGAACAAAUGAAAAAUAUUGUCAUCACAAUGCUAGAGGAAUAUGAAGUAAGUGAGAAAAUCAAUGCCGUUGUUGACAUGCUUCAGGACGCUGUGAGAGAUUAUGAUUUGGACAAGAAAGUUCACAUAGUCAUAGAACAGUUUCUCAAAUUCUUUAACCAGCAGAGUGUAAGAGAGACAAUAAAAAAGGUAACAGACAUGUUAAAUUCCAUUGACCUAAAAUCAUAUUUCACCAAAAUACUUGCUUUUGUUGAUGAAACAGUUGAGAAAGUAAAAGGUUAUGACUACAAAAAGCUUAUCGAGGACAUCAACUACUACCUUGACACCGUUGUUAAAAAGCUGAAAUCAUUCAAUUAUGAGAAAUGUGUAGAUGAUUUCAAUGGCUGGAUUAGAGAAAUAACUCAAACAGUAAAUGAGAAAAUGAAUGCCCUGGAACUUCCACAAAAAGCAGAAGCCCUUCAACAGUACUUAAAUGAGGUCAGAAAAAUUGCAGCAGAGUAUAUCCGUGAAUUCGGAAACAUCAAACUAUCAGAAUUUUUUAAGAGGUACCAGGAUAUCUUCAGUUUGACUGUUUUAAAUGAUUUAAAAAUUAGACUACUGGAAAACCUUGAAGAUGCCAGAGAUAGAAUUUAUUCUAUGGACAUACAGAAGGAAUGUCAAAAUUAUUUGCAACAAGCAAGCCAAGCUUAUUGGCGAUUAGUGACCUACAUUUCGCAACAAUGGAAUAAUGCUGCUGUGAUGAUUACCAACUUUGCAGAAGAAAACAAUAUUAAAGAUUGGGCUGAAAGUAUGAAAAGGUUUAUAGAAGAGGGUUUUGUCAUGCCUGAAAUUAAAAUAGGAUUCAUCAGUUUUCCUUCCUUUGAAGUGAGUCUCCGUGCCCUCAAAGUAGCAACUUUUAAGACACCGUAUUUCACUGUCCCAUUCACUGAUUUGCAAAUUCAAUCUAUGGAGAUCAAUUUCAGACGUUUACAAGAAACAGAAAUUCCUACAAGAUUUGUUACGCCUGAGUUUACCAUUUUCAACACUUACAAGGUACCUUCAUAUGUCAUCGAUUUGAAUGAAAUCAAAUUAAAAAUUGUAAGGACAUUUGAUCAAAUACUUUCAAGUGACUUUGAAUGGCCAUCUCCAGAAGUAUAUUUAAGUAAUCUACGAAUGAGUGAACUAACAAUGAGAGACUUGGGAAUCCCUACAUUUUCCUUCCCAGAAAUCCAUUUUCCUGCUAUGCAAAUCCCAGAAAUGCAAAUCCCAAAGUUAGCAAUGUUUAACAUCCAGCUUUCUAUACCUGAAUUCCAGCUCCCACAAAUCCCUCACUCAGUAUCUGUUCCUACAUUUGGGAAACUUUACAGUUCAUUCAAAGUUAUAUCACCAUUUUUUACAAUGGCAACUUCUGCUGAAUUGACAAAUAGCACAACUGAAAAAACCCCUGAAAUGGUUGGAACUUUCUCUGCAGAAACAACAUCUAUGAUCGAAGCUCUGGCUUUUGUGCUAAAGGCAGAUGCUCGGUUAUCUGCUCCUCUCUUGGAACAAUUGAUUCUUAAAGAGUCUAUGCUGCUAUCCAAUAAGUAUAUUAGUUACGAUCACAACGGUGAAACAGUUUUUACUGGAAACCAAAUUCAGUCUAAAAUAGUGACGAAGGCCAAUUUAAGAACAGAAAAGAGUUUCGCAGAAUUCCAAAAUGACAUUGUAUUCAAGGUACAGAAAAAGAUCACAGCUGACAUCACGACUAAAUAUUCUCACCGUCUGAAUAUCCCCCAGUUACAGCUUACAAGCCAGGUGGAUCUCCUGAAUGACAUUGACUCAUCAGUAGAAGCCGGGCGAAUUUUGCUCACUUCUACUGGAAAAGGAAACUGGAAAUGGGCAAGCCCUGCUUUUAGAGAUGAAGGAACACAUCAAUCAGACUUUAAGUUCAACUUAAGAGGGCCUCUUAUGGAGAUUUCCGGUACAAAUAGAAUCAAUGACAAUAAUAUAAAACUUGACCAGAGUCUGAAAUAUGAGUCAGGCUUCUUAAGCUAUGCAAACCUUGAUAUCUCAUCAAAAGCAGAAGUCCCUUACAUUGGGAAUAGUAUUGUAGCAGUAAAAGGAAAAGGACAGGUUAGUGAAAUGAAAUUGGAACUCACGGCAACACACAAUGCAGAACUAACUGGGUUUGCAACUGGAACAAUAAGCAACAGUCUAGCCUUUUUGACAAAGCCAUUUGAAAUAAGUCUAGCAACUAAUAACAACGGAAAUCUAAAGGUUAGCUUCCCUCUGAAGUUGACUGGAAAAAUUGAUUUCUUGAACAAUUAUGAAUUUGUACUUAACACAAAUGUUCAGCAAAUAUCUUGGCAAGUCAAUGGCAGGUUUAACCAGUAUAAAAUCUUAUACACUGUCUCAGCGGGCAACAAUGAAGAGAAAAUUGGUGCUUCAGUAGAAAUGAAUGGGGAAGCAAAUCUUGAUUUCUUGACAAUUCCAAUUACUAUUCCAGAAAUACCUGUUCCAUACACCACAAUGAGAACGCCUAAAAUUACUGAGUUCUCCCUGUGGGAAAGAACUGGUCUGAAGAACUUACUAACAACAACCAAACAAAAUUUUGAUUUAAAUGUGAAACUCCAGUACAAGAAGAACAAAGAUAUGCAUUCCAUUCCACUGCCUCUGGGUGCGAUCUAUGAUUCCAUAAAUGCCAAUCUGAUCACAGUCAAUUCUAAAUUUGAAAAUCUGCGGGAUUCUUCAGUGAGAGUUUUAACAAAUUCAUAUAACAAAGCAAAAGCACAAUUUGACAAAUACAAAGUACAAACCCUAGCAAAUAAAAUCCCUCGCACCUUCACAAUACCUGGUUAUACCAUCCCACUGUUGAACAUUGAGGUCUCCUCUAUUAGUGCUGAGCUCCCUGCAUUUGGUUAUGUGAUUCCGAAAGAAAUCAGGACACCAAGCUUAACCCUGCCACUGGUUGGAUUUUCUAUUCCAACCUAUACAGUAGUUAUACCUUCACUUGAACUAGCUGUACUUCAUGUUCCUGAUGCCUUACGCAAAAUAACUCUACCUAAACUGAAAUUGCCCAAAAUGAAAGACAGCAUUUCGAUUCCUGCUAUGGGAGAUCUCACAUAUGAUUUCUCAUUCAAGUCAAAUGUGAUAUCAUUAACAACAAACGCAGGUCUGUACAAUCAAUCUGAUAUCUCUGCUCGUAUCAGUGUGGUUUCCACAUCUGUUAUCGAUUCACUACAGUUUAGCCUAGAUGGAACAACAGGACUAACAAGAAAACGUGGAAUGAAACUAGCCACUGCUUUAGCACUAAAAACUGUGUUCAUGGAAGGAAAACAUGAAAGCUCUAUGUCUCUUGGAAGGAGAAAUAUUGAAGCUUCUGUCCUAACAAAUGGCAAAAUAAGCAUACCCAUUUUGCAGCUCACUGUUAAACACGAAUUGACUGGUAACACAAAGACCAAACCUACAGUUUCAUCUAAGAUGACCAUGAACUAUGAUUUUAGUGAAUCAGCAUAUGGGAAUAGUGCAAGAGGAUCACUUGAUCAUACGCUAAGCAUUGAAGGUCUGUCUUCUUAUUUCUCUUUGGAGACAUUAACAAAAGGAGAUGUUACUGGAACCAUGUUGGAUCUACCAUUUAAUGGACAAGUUAACAAUGAAGCAAACAUCUAUUUGAAUUCAAAUGGGUUUAGGUCAUCUGUAAAAAUCAUGGGUAAUACUAUAGCAGGUGAUUUUAUAACAUUGGAACUUUCUGAAAAUCUUGGUGUUGAAGCAUCCACAAGUCGCAUUUAUACAGUGUGGGAACAUACUGGGAAAAAUCAUUUAGGACACCUACCAGGUUUUUACACAAGAGGAGAGCAAAAUGUUAAGGCUAAGAUUGACCUGGCUUUCUGGAGCUUGCUGUCAAGUCUCCAGAUGCAAAUCAGCCAACCAAGCUCAUUAUUUGAUGCUGCAUCACUAAAUCAAGCUAUCACAUUAAAUCUCUAUCCUGAGAAACAAGAAUUCGAUAUUAAUGGACAAGGUAUUCUGAACACUCUUGUUUUAGCUCAUAACGGAAAAUUGUCUAAUGAUGCAGCUGAUGCAAAAUUUGAGAUCACUGGCUCAAUGCAAGGACAUGUAUCUUUCCUCAAAGGAGUCAUCCUUCCAGUCUAUGAUAAAAGCUUGUGGGACAUCUUGAAGUUUGACCUUACAACAAGUGCUGAUAAAAAACAAUUCCUCACUGCAUCUACCUCUAUAACUUAUACAAAAAACAAAGAAGGCUUCUUCUUCCCCCUUCCAAUUAACAAACUUUCAGAUGGAUUUGUCAUUACUUUUCCAGCACUAACUCUUAAAUCACCAGAAUGGGUUAAAGAUCUUCCCAAAACAAUGAGCAAUAUGCAAGUUCCAGAUAUGCCAGCAGAGUUAAACAUUCCAUCAUUUCACGUCCCAUUUACAAACCUAAAUGUUCCAUCAUAUAAAUUUGACUUCCGCAAUAUAAAGAUUCACAAACAAUUGAGUACAUUGCCUUUUGACCUUUCCUUGCCUUCCUUGCCAAAAGUAAAAUUCCCCAAAGUUGACAUCAAUACCAAAUAUAUUACCAUGGAAGAGUACAAAAUACCAUUCUUUGAGGUAACUAUACCACAAUAUCAGAUAACAUUGGCAAGGUAUACUCUACCAAAAAGCUUCUAUGGUCUGGACUUUAACAGCAUGGCCAACAAAAUUGCAGAAAUUGAUCUACCAACAAUAGAAAUCCCAGAGCAGAACAUAGAGUUUCCACCAGUUAAGAUGAAUCUUCCAGCUGGGCUUUUCAUUCCAGCUUUUGGAGCUCUGUCUGGAUCAGUCCAACUUUCCUCACCUAUAUACAAUUUAACAUGGACAACAAAGUUGGCAAACAACUCUGAAGGUCUUGUUGCUUCCAUUGAUGCCACAAGCAGUUCUACACUUCAGUUCCUGGAAUUUGAUCUUGACGGUUAGUUUGAGCAAUUUCUAUUUGAUGAUAGAUGAAUUACAAUUAUCAUUUCAUUAUUGAUAUUUUUUGUAAUAGAAACAUAGAAUGUGAUGGCAGAUAAGAACCAUUCGCCCAUCUAGUCUGUCCAAUUUUUAAAAUACUUUUAUUAGUCCCUGGCCUUAACAUAUAGUUAGGAUAGCCUUAUGCAUAUUCCACGCAUGCUUAAACUCCUUUACUGUGUUAACCUCUACCACUUCAGCUGGAACGCUAUUCCAUGCAUCCACUACCCUCUCAGUAAAGUCAUACUUCCUGAUAUUAUUUUUAAACCUUUGCCCCUCUUAUUUAAGACUAAGUCCUCUUGUUGUGGUAGUUUUUCUUCUUUUAAAUAUAGUCUCUUCCUUUACUGUGUUGAUUCCCUUUAUGGAUUUAAAUGUUUCUAUCAUGUCUCUGUCUCGUCUUUCCUCCAAGCUAUACAUGUUAAGAUCCUUUAACCUUUCCUGGUAAGUUUUAUCCUGCAAUCCAUGAACCAGUUUAGUAACCCUUCUCUGAACUCUCUCUAAAGUAUCAAUAUCCUUAUGAAGAUAUUGUCUCCAGUAGUGCGUACAAUACUCCAAGUGAGGUCUCACCAGUGUUAUGUUCAAUGGCAUGAGCACUUCCCUCUUUCUACUGCUAAUAUGUCUCCCUAUACAACCAAGCAUUCUGCUAGCAUUUCCUGCUGCUCUAUUACAUUGUCUGCCUACCUUUAAGCCAUCAGAAAUAAUCACCCCUAAAUCCCUUUCCUCAGAUGUUGAGGUUAGGACUCUAUCAAAUAAUCUGUACUCUGCCCUUUUUUUUUAUGUCCAAGAUGCAUUAUCUUGCACUUAUCCACAUUAAAUGUCAGUUGCCACAACUCUGACCAUUUUUCUAGUUUACCUAAAUCAUUUGCCAUUUGGCUUAUCCCUCCGGGAACAUCAACCCUGUUACAUAUCUUAGUAUCAUCAGCAAAAAGACAUACCUUACCAUCAAGACCUUCUGCAAUAUCACUAAUAAAAAUAUUAAAGAGAAUGGGUCCAAAUAGACAAACAGACAGACAGAUAUACUAAUGGGUAAUAAAAAGAGUACUAUAGUUUUGAAAAUUUAGAAUUCUGGCUCAAAAUGUUUAAUUAUAUAUUUAUAUAAGUAUUCCAUCAUAACAAUACAAUUAAAAUUGUUCCCAAAAUGCAAUAUAAUUAUUAUAAAUCUGAUUUAAAAGUUUUGAAAAAUCCUUUAACCCUCUUUUUUUGCAGCCUCUGCCACCAGUUCAUUAACAGGGAGUGCCAUCAACUACAAUGGGAAGGGAUCCUUAGCACACCCAGACUUAAGUAUUGAUUGGCAGCAAGAUAUUUCUUUCAAUGGACCAUGGUAAGUUCAGGCACAGCAAGCCAUAAUUUGCUUUUCAUGCUUAGCUCUCACUCUAAAAAAACCUCUUACUAAUUGUGUUAAUGAAGUUAACUCCUUUUAAACAAAAAAUACUGUUUUAUGGGUUGAACAAAAAAAACUAUUUUACCUAUACAUACCGAAGAUUGGACUUUAUUUUAAGAUGAAUUGUGAUUUUAUUAAUACAUAUAUAUAAUACAUAUAUAUAUGUAUAUAUAUAUAUAUAUAUAUAUAUAUAUAUAUAUAUAUAUAUAUAUAUAUAUAUAUAUAUAUAUAAAUACAUACACAUGAAAAUAGGUAGCACUCCAAGGAAUUAGACAAAAAGGCAGUAUACAUAAUACAUAGCUUUUUUUUUAUUAUCUAUUUUUGACUCAUGUCAUAGUCUCAAUAAAAACGUUACAGAGGAAAACCAACUUAUGCAUGUCGAUAAACACAUACGGUAGAGCAUAACAGAUAGGGUGUCUAGUAUGGAUUGGCAUUGGACCAGAAGCUGAGGGAAUUUAGGUUUGGGUAGUGGGAGACAGCGCUUAUUCUUAAGCCUAGUGUGCCUAGGGGUAAGGCCUUAUGGCCGAAGGAUCUAGUGUUGCAAAAGGCAUUUAGGCUGAGUGAGUUUAUAAUACAAUAAUAAUUCUAUGGUUCAGUUUGCCUAACUGGGUUAUAUGAGGAGCCUGUUCUCAACAGUGUGGGCAUGUUGUCGUUGCACUCUUGUGUUAUACUUUUACCCCAUAACCCCAGGGAAGGCGGGGAGGGGGGAGAAGGGGAACGUUUUGGCAGUGUAAUUAACCUGAACAUUGGAGAGAGAGGAGUCCUGAUCGCCAUAAAUGGCAUGCCCUUGUGUAACAAGAGGGCUGUAAAGAGGUAAGCAGUAGUCCCUGGAUUCUUCAGGUCAUAAUCGCUGUGGAGGCUCCCACUCCAGCUCAUUGGGGUGUCCCCUUUGUAGGGUCACUUGUUGGUGGGUGUGCCGCUGGGUGGUUUGCUUCAGAGUUGACAGAGAGUCCUGUUGUAGCCCCAGGGUUGGCAGGAGAUCCAUGGCACCCUGCAUAUCAUGGAUCUUGAAUGAUGUGUAGCCGUGCUGAAUUAAAAGUGCCCGGGGUCGCCUCCAUUGGUAUGUAAUUUUGUGCAGGUGAAGGAGAGCCAUGAAGCGCUUCAUCGUGCGGUGCCAGGCCAGGGUCGCCCCAGAUAAAUCAGCAUAGAGUGAGAGCUGCCUACACAUAUGGCAUUUGGGUUUUCGUCUCUUGAAGGACUGCAGAUCUGUCUCCGUGGCUCAGGAAGCACACCAGGAGGUCUUUUUAGCUGGUCGUGGGAGGUGGAACAUCUCCCUCAGGCCUGUUUGUUUGGCCUGUGUAGGGGGUUGGAGAGCGGACAGCAGGUGCUGGAUGAAGUGCAGUACCCCCUCCGGUAUUUCCUCACCGAUGCCCCUGAUCUUGAGGUUCAGGCUUUGCCUUUUAUCCUCCACGUCUAAGAACCGCUGUGAGUCUGCUGUUGCAAGUCAUGUACUGCUUUUUGUAGCUGCGUCGUGUAAUAUUUAGUUAUUUUGCUUUUAAUAGUACAUCUUAAAAAGUUUUUUUGUACUGGUCCUGAUGAAAGUUCCAUCAAGUUCUGUUGGAACUGAAACCUCAACACCUUUCUAAUAUGUACUAUUAAAAGCUAAGUAUUAUUUUUACUACCUUUUUGUCUAAGUUCUUGGGGUGCUGCCUAUCUCCAUGCAUUUUUGCAUUUUCUUGUGAGGCUAAGCACCAGGCAUUAACCAUUAUACUAGGAGUGCAAGCUUUUUACCAAUCAGCAUGGGUAAAAUUGCUUUAUAAUCAGAUAGUCCACAGGUAUAAUUAUGUGAUUUUUCUAUUUACUCUGAAAAUGAAAGCAAAAUGGUCAUAUUUUAAUUUAAUUAACAUUUAUGUAUUAUUUCUUAACCUAGGUUCCCUGUUCAUAACAUAGCAAUAGAUGUAAGAAGCCCAACAUUCACAAAUGUCCAGAUACGUUGUCAACGUGAAAACAACAGGCUUUCUUCAUCAAUUAAUGUUCCAUCUGCUGGGACUUUGGGACUUCUGGUAGAAAAGGAUGACACAACAAUCAAAGGAAAGCUGUACAGUCGACCUGUGGUAAGUAACUUUAGAGACAUAUUACAUCAGUGGCUACACAGACAGUAAGAUUCUUGAUUUCUUCUUUGUCUUCGAUGACGUAAAAUAAAUUCUGGACAGAAGUGAAUGUUAUGCUCAGGGGAUGAAAUUAUAUGGCUUUGUGAUCAGAAAUGCAACAAUAAUGCAACAAUAAUGCCUAAGUGAAAAAGUUUAAUCACAUGACUCAUAGGAGUUCCAAAAUACAAAAAAUAUAAAAUAAAUAGCAAUCACCAAGAAAAGUCCAGCCACACAUAGUCCAAUACUGCAUUGGUCAGCACCGUUGGCUGUAAGAAAUGGUUCAUAACAAAAAGAGCAAAAUUUCAAUAGGGAUAGCUCUCCUGCACUUUUGCUCUUCUCCCACUUCACUGACCAAAAUGUCCUCAUCACUUGUUUAAAACCAGAUUUUUGACCUCCAUAUCCUUAGACAUUUUAUACUAGUAGGUCAUUAUCUGGUAUCGCGCUACUGUACCAAUACAGGCUUCAAUUUAAUAUAGUUGGAUAAGCUUUCUAAAUAAUUUAAUAUUUUUGGGUACAUUUUUAAAAUGAUUUAAUAUUAUGGAAAAAAAAUGUGUAAUAUUCCUAUAUUUUUUGUAAAUUAAUAUUUAUUUUAUAUAUGAUAUAUUUACAGAUAUUAAAUUAAGGCCAUAGUUUCAUAUUCUGUCUAACUAUACUCUUUAAAGGAACUGAAAACUAAUAUUUUAACACAUCUUUUUGUGAUUUGUGAUGUCUAUAGGUCCUGUGAUUCUUUUCAUUCACCAUGUUUUGUCUGUGGUAUUUUAACUGUUUCUUUUGUUUGCAGGCCCGGACUGGCCAUCGGGCACACCGGGCAAAUGCCCGGUGGGCCGCGGUGGCCGUGGGGCCGAGGCCGGCAGGGGAGGUCCCAGGAUCUCCCCUGCCGGUCUAUGCAGGGCCGGCACUAUCCGAGCGCCGGCCCCGCUGUCUUCCAUGGAGGGCCGAUGGGGAGAUCGAAGAUCUCCCUCACCGGCCCAUUUAAACAGACCUGUGGCUGGGGAGGGAGGGAGAGGACCCGGCGGAGCUCUAUCUUGCAGCUCCGCCGGGUUCAUCUCGCGAGAUCGGGAGCGUUGCCAGGGCAACACCCCGAUCUCGCGAGAGUGUUCACUCACCACUGGACCGCCAGGGAUCGUGUACGAGUGCCUGUGCCCCCCCCCAUCCCAGCUACCACGGGCCUGCCCCCCCCAGGCUAAAGGUAAGAAGGGAGGGGGGGAUUUAGUUGUUUUUUUUUUGCUUAGUUUUUUUAUUGUUUAUUUUUUUGUUUAUUUUUUUUUUAUUGUUUAUUUCCCCCACUUAAUUUUUUAUUUAUUUACCCCCAACACACAACAUUUAUACACAACACUCUCACACACUUCACACACAUCAUACACAGCACUCUCACACCCAGCACUCAGCACUCACACACAUCAUACACAGCACUAUCACACCCAGCACUCAGCACUCACACACAUCAUACACAGCACUCUCACACCCAGCACUCAGCACUCACACACAUCAUACACAGCACUAUCACACCCAGCACUCAGCACUCUCACACACAUCACACUCAGCACUCACACACAUCAUACACAGCACUAUCACACUCAGCACUCACACACAUCAUACACAGCACUAUCACACUCAGCACUCACACACAUCAUACACAGCACUAUCACACUCAGCACUCACACACAUCACACACAACACUCACAUACAUCAUACACAGCACUAUCACACUCAACACUCACACACAUCAUACACAGCACUAUCACACAUCAGCACUCACACACAUCAUACACAGCACUAUCACACUCAACACUCACACACAUCAUACACAGCACUAUCACACUCAGCACUCACACACAUCACACACAACACUCACAUACAUCAUACACAGCACUAUCACACUCAACACUCACACACAUCAUACACAGCACUAUCACACUCAGCACUCACACACAUCAUACACAGCACUAUCACACUCAGCAUUCACACACAUCAUACACAGCACUAUCACACUCAGCACUCACACACAUCACACACAACACUCACACACAUCAUACACAGCACUAUCACACUCAACACUCGCACACAUCAUACACAGCACUAUCACACUCAGCACUCACACACAUCACACACAACACUCUCACACACAUCAUACACAGCACCCACACUCACAGCACCCUCACACAAAUCAAUCACAUACAGCACCCUCACACACACAGCACACACAUCACACCUCACACACAGCAUCCAUCACACACACAUACUGCACCCCACACAUACACACACAGCCCCCUGAUACACUGCAUCACACACAUACACAAUACUUCCAAACAUAUUUAUAUAAACUAUAUAUAUAUAUAUAUAUAUAUAUACACAUACACACAACACCCCUCACACACACACAGCACCCCUCACACACACACUGCACCCCUAAACACAUUACAUUCCAGACACACACUAGAUCCUUUAGCCAACUCUGGAUCAUAUACACACAUACACACACUAGAUCACUAUAUACACUCUGAAUCCGUUAUAUACGCACGCUCACUAUAUCUCCUAUACAUAGUCUGGGUCCUUCAAACACACAUAAGACUCAUAUAUAUAUAUAUAUAUAUAUAUACAUACACACACUCUGGAUCCCCUAUAUGCACACUAGAUUCCUUGUAAGCAAACACAUACUACAUUCCCUGAACACACACUCUCUACAAACACUACAUCACCUAUACACACACACACACACACUAUAGCCUAUAUGCACACACUUGCUAUAUCCCCUAUACACACAUUCUCUACAGCCCCUAGCCACAUAUGCAUUACAUUACACCACAAACACAACACGACUAAAACCGACCUUAUUACACAAUACCACACCACGACCAGCUCACUCUGCACACACGCAAUACCCCAAGCAGGCUCCAAACACAUGUACAAUACUCUUUCCUGGCCCUUUUGUCUCCUGGUAUCCAUUUAUAGAGACACCAGAGACAAGUUGCAAGGAAACACAGUGCAAGCAUGUUAUUAAAUUUGCUUGCACUGUGCAGAACAAAUACAGGGCUUUUUUCUCAUGCCAGAACUCUUCAGUAGAGCUCUGCGCAUGGUCUGCCCUGGAAGAGCAUUGAACCAACAUGCUCACUUUGAGAGGGGGUGUGUUUGUCAUGAGUGAUGACAAAACACACCCUCUCUGCCCCGCCCCCUUCUUAGUGGGCCGCUGUGAUAAAAAAAUGCCCGGGCCGAAUUUUUUUCCCAGUCCGGCCCUGUUUGUUUGUUACCCUACAGAUAUGGUAGCUUUUAACUUUAUUUAUCUGUUGACUAAUCAUUUUUAUAACCUUAAAUUGUUGUGUAGUGCGUUACAAAAUCUUUUGGUGAACACUCUGUCAGUAUUGUUCACAGUUAAAACUAUUUUACUAGAAUAAGAUUACUAUGUAUGUAAUAGUAUAUAUAUAUUAGAGUAUCUCAAAUACUUUAUUAGGAAUCAGGUGCUGAAGUUUCAUUCUCUACCUUGUACCUGAAUAUGUGGAUAGUUGUAACAAAUAAAUGUUGAUGCUAUUACAUGUAGUCCUCAUUUUACGACUUACCUGUUUAACGCUGACUCCGAUUUACGACCAGCUCUCUAGCAAGGGCAUUCAAGGAAUCCCCCACGUUAGAGACCUGGUCUAAUUUUCCCUGAACAUAGACAAGUGCACCCAAGCAGGGAAUCCCUCAAAUCUAUAUUCAGGAAAUUUUCCCGAACAUAGACCUGCACUGGUGUGCAUGCUCUGUAGCACAUCCUCACUUACCGACCAAUUCGUUUUACGACUGAGUCAUAAAUACGGAGCCCGGUCGGUAAGUGAGGAGAGUAUAUAUUUUGUCUGUCUAUAUGUGUGUUAAUAUAUUUGUCUGUCUGUCUAUAUAUCUAUUAUCUUUAUGACUAUGAUUUUUUGAAUAUAUAUAUAUAUAUAUAUAUUAUAAGUUUUAAUUAAUUAAUUUAUUUUAAUGCUCCAUUUCAUAUAUUAAUAGUUUUCUUUUUUUUAUAAUUAUUUUAUAGUCCUCUACUGGAAAAGAUACAUUAAUAAUGAAGGGAGAAAUGUCAAUAAAAAACCCAGAAAAAAUCCAGAACAAGAUUAAUUGGAAAGAAGAUGCUGUAGCAGAUUUACUUAAUGGCUUGAAGGAACGAUUGCCAAAAAUGUCUGAUUCUGUUUACAACUGUUUCAACAAAUAUCACAAUGAACACUUUGGAAUGGAUAUCAGUGAUGCCAACCUUAAGAUGAAAGAACAUCUACAAUCCAAAGUUUCUUCAGCAUACAGAUCCACUGCUAAUCAAAUCGAUAAGAUGGAAUAUCAUCUUCAGUCUGUUGCCAGGGGAGCAGGUGACAAGUAUAGGGACUUGAUAAAAAAUGGUUGGCCACAGGCAGACGCAUCAGUCUUUGUGAGUUAUGAUGAAAUGAAGGCAAAGUUGUUUGAUAAUUCUGUUGUGCUUUUGAGAAAGUACAAGGACACAGUGAAAGAGCUUAUUGAUGCAGCCAUUGAGUUUUUGAAGAUGACAAGGUUUCAGUUACCUGGUCAAUCUCAGAAGUAUACAGGUGAAGAAUUGCUUUCCAUGGGUGUGAAAAAGGCAAUGACAUAUGUUGAUCUAUGCUAUCAAAGACUUCAGCAAUGGUUUGAUGCAGUCAUCCAGUCAAUUAAUGAUGUCAAAUAUGAAAUACCAGGUAUAAAUCUAACUAUUGAUGGUACAAAAAUAAUUUCAUCCAUUAAAACCUUCCUAAAAGAGCUGAAUAGAGUAACAAAAAAAGUAUUUACUGACAUUCAGGAUGCAAGUUUUGAGAACACACUCAAACAGCUUCAGAAUUUCAUUAACGAGAUUUCACAAAAAUCUGAGAAACUUAUUGAAACCUUAAGGUCAAGAGACUAUCAAGAUAUAAGGGAUAAGACCCAGCAGAUGUACAGGGAAGCCCUGAACUCACAAUAUGCUAGAAAUCUCAAUGAACUGGCAGACAGGAUCAAAAAGGUUCUGGACCAGUUGCAAAUAAUUUUCCAAAGUGCAUAUGAAGAGUUGUCUGAGAAAUUAGAGCAGUUGAUGAUCUAUGGCAAAGCCCUCCGUGAAGAAUAUUUAGAUCCAAACAUCGUUGGCUGGUCAGUCAAAUAUUAUGAAAUUGAAGAAAAGAUUAUUAAACUGGUGAAAGAGAUCAUUGCGUCAUUAAAAGAACUGCCUGAAAAAUAUGGAAUAAAUGUGUCAGAAGCAUUAGAUAAUGUGAAAGAAUACCUGAUUGUGUAUUACCAAAAUGCUGAUGAUGCCAUGACCUACACAGAAGAUAGGGCAAGACAGGUGUUGAAAUUGCUCAAUGAAAAAGUCGCAGAUUUACCUAACACUGCCAGAAAAGUCUCAGAAGAACUUUAUCAGAUGCUUACUAGGAAACUGCAAGACACCUAUGAUCAACUUUCUGGUUCUUAUGAGAAACUUAUCACUGAGUCAGCCAGACUGGUGGAAUUUGUCAUCGAAAAGUACAACUCUAUUGUAGAAUUCAUUAUGCAACUUUUUCAGAAUUUUGAGAAGGCUGCCAGUGAAGAAAUAAAAACAUACGUGUCAACACGUAAAGGUGAGCUUAAAGUUGAUGUACCUCAUCCAUUCAACUGGAAAUCCUUUGAUGAAAUGCCCAAACUUAGAGAAGACCUCAUAAACAAAAAAAUGGAAAUCGCACGCUCAAUGGUAUUUGAUGGUAUUGAUAAAGGCUCAAAAAAAUGGGACGAACUACAACGCUUCAUUGAGAAACAACUUGAAGGAGGAAAACUGAGCGUGCAACAAAUUCUAGAGAAUAUUGAGAACUGGAAAAAAAACUGAAUGGACAUUUUGUACUGUAGUAUCAUGAAAAGUUUUUAAGCUGUUUAAAAUUAAGAAACAAUCAUUAUCUAUAUAUAUAAUUUUAAUACUUAUGUUGUUUCUCUGUGGGUGAAAACAAAAUUGUCAGUUUCUUUGAAGUUAAGCUAAAUAAAACCAGUAUUUGCUAUAAGUUGGCAUUAUUUUCAUCUAUAGCUUUUUCAAUUGUUUGCAUUACGCAGAAUCAUCAUUAAAGAGACACCGCAUUCAAUAAAGCCUUCAUGCCUUUUAUUUUAAAACGUAGUAACCCAGAUGAAAAAGACUGCUCAAUGUAUAUUUACUAUUUGGUUUUCUGUCUAAUUCCAUUAAAUGAGAAAAUCAGAUCUAACAUUUUUUUUAUGUGUUAAUUUCUCAGAGCCAAUAUCAGUAGCAUUAACUGAUAUUGUCUCUCCAUAAACAGUGAGGUCACUUAAUAUCUCCUAUAAUGUCCAAAACUCCACAUUUUGUUAUGUAAAACAGAACAGAAUGUCUCUGCAGUGGACAAAUGAAUGACUCGAGAUAUGUAAUCUUGAAAUACCAAACCAAGCAUUAUUUGGGUAUUGUUUUAAACUUAAGCAGGGGUUUUCCUGAGACUAAUGAUCGACCCUUGGUAGCAGGAUAUCUAACUAGGUUUCACUACAGAAGGUUACUGGCAGGCAAUAAUACAAUUUACCCCCAUCUCCAGUGGGAUUGAUGCUUAGUUCAAGGGAAGAGGACCCAAACACAAGAGUGUAUCUAUAACGUGUGCUGCCAAGUGAAGUGAGUGUUGUCUAUUUCUGGCCAUUGUCUUCAAUACCUGAACUAUUUUUAUGACCAAGCAAUGACAGCAUAUGCAGUUUUUAGUGCUUCUUAUAUUCAGCACUAAUAUACAUAACAAUGAUAGACAACCUGUGAUUAUUCAAGGCAAACCAAUUUAUUUUAAAGAAAAAAACUUAAAUGAAAAAUGGUAGUACACCAAUACUUGCAUCAUUUUUUAAUAAAAGGAUUGUAGUAGGAAUCAGCGUGACAGUAAGCUGGUGAAAAUUUUUAAAUUCAUGAUUUUUCACACUGAUGUAUAGCUUUGUGGAACUUGUCAGGGAUAAAUGUGAAACUCAACACAUAUUAUUUAUGCAUAAAAUCUAAUUAAUUGCUUCAUUUUACAUUAAGAGCAGAACAUAUGCUCGUUGUGUGGGUGACUCCGAUCAAAAAAACGGUAAAUACUAAAUUCUUUUUUCUGUGUACUAGGACCACCACAUAUAAACACAGAAAAGGAGUAAAAUAAAACAUAAAAUAAAAAAGGACACUUAAAACACAAGCGAGCAAUGAGAUUAGGAUAUUGUGUUUUUGAUUUUACGACUGUCCUUGGGUUUUAAGUUAUUUUUUUGGCAGGAUAUGGGAAUAUGAUAAAUCACAUAAUAUCUUUAAAUUGCUUUCGUAACAGCUUGGAAGCUUGCUUUAAACAACUUAUUAACAUUAACAGAGAGGUUAUUGUGCUUAUAGACGUCACUGAGAAUGGAUGCCAUUGGAUUUAGCACACUUUCUUAAACUUAGAGAGCAAGUUAUAUUAAUUAUUCACAUACUAUGACACAUGCUUUAAUGUUCCAUCAGCUAGCUCUGUUACUUGACAAAUGAAACAUGUUUUUUCGGGUUACUAAGCAAUGCAAAAACAACUGUAUACAAACUGUAAAUGUUAUUUUUAUUAGUUUGUUCUUGAUUUGAG